AGGUGCGAAGACGACAACUCCUGGCUUGCCGGCGUUUCCACGAACGGUUAAAAACAUCUCCUCACCCCGACGCGCAUCCAUCGGUCCUCUGUUUUUACUCCCUUUCUCUCCUCUAUUUUCCCUUUUCUUUCCCCAAAAAAAGAAAUAAUAUUACUUACAUCGCAUAGAUCUCCAAUUCCAUUUCUUCAUCUCUGCUUCAAUGGUUAACUUCUUCCAAUCCAAUGGUUGAAGCAGAUGAGUUAAUGACUGUCAUACUGUCACGAAAUUCAGGGAAUUAAAACCAAGCUGCUGCUGCUUUACUUCAUGAUUUUAGCAAACCAAGAUACUAUCAUUUCGAAUUAGCAAAAUGGCAUCUUGAGGGGGUGCAUGCAAAGAAAUGUUCAUGGCCGAUGCCACAGUUUCUGAUUAUGAUCUAUCAACUGAAACUAUGGAUCUUGAACAGACUGUCAAACCAAAGAAGGUCACCUUUGCAUUGGGUGUCAAGCUAAGAGUGCUUUCGACCAGAGGUGUGCUAGACCUAUUCCAGUGCCCUGUUUGCUCAUGCUCAAUGUACCCUCCCAUCCUUCAGUGCUCAAAUGGCCAUACUCUUUGUUCAAAGUGCAAGCAUAGAGUGAACAAUCGCUGCCCAUCUUGCUAUCAUGAGAUUAACAAUAUACGGUGCCUAGCUUUGGAGAGGAUAGCACAAUCAUUGGAUUUCCCUUGCAGCUACCAGUCUCAUGGUUGCCAUGAAAUAUUCCCCUACUAUGACAAGCUCAGACAUGAACUUCAGUGCAAAUUCCGUCCAUAUGACUGCCCUUGUGCUGGAUCUCGGUGCUCUGUCACCGGAGACAUCUCAACCCUCCUGGCCCAUCUCACAAAUGAUCACAAGGUUGAUUUGCAUGUUGGGUGCACCUUCAAUCAUCGAUAUGUUAAAUCCAACCCACUUGAGGUUCAAAAUGCAACAUGGAUGCUGACGGUCUUCAAUUGUUUUGACAAGCAUUUCUGCUUGCAUUUUGAGGCCUUCGAACUAGGGACCGAGCCCAUGUACAUGGCAUUCCUGCUGUUCAUGGGAGAGGAAGACGAGGCAAAGGACUUCAGUUACAGCCUAGAGGUAGGUGGGAAUCACCGGAAACUUAUUUGGCAGGGAGUCCCAAGAAGCAUCCGUGAUAGCCACAGGAGGGUUCGUGAUAGCCACGAUGGGCUGCUCAUCCCCAGGAAUCUGGCACUCUUCUUCUCUGGCGGUGAUCAACAGGAGCUGAAGCUCAGAGUAAUGGGCAGGAUAUGGAAAGAACCUUAACGCAGGUAAUUCGGAGACUCUUUGUAGUGAAGUAGGAAAUAAAUAUACUUGCUAUGACAAACUAUGAGAAGUGAAUAAUAUUUUCCCUUCUAAAUUAACAUUUAGUCCCAUGAACUUGAAACAAUUACUCAGGUGUGUUUGUCCCAUAGUGAAGCAGAUAAGGUUGUAAAAUUUAUAUAUUUCCUUUGCUUGUGGGAUGUUUCUUGAAGGUGCUGACACUGCCCUUUGUGCAGUGCCUGUUCCUUCGCCGUCCUCCAAUAUUUGGUCCUCAAGUUAUAUGGGAUAAAUUAUCUUGUCCUUUGAUCUUUGUUAUCUAUUAGAGGCCUUGGAACGGUCAAUCCCUUGUAACACAAAACAAUUAACAUGGAUUCAAUAGUGAUCAUCCUGCCUGAGAUUGCCGAACCA